AUAUUGUGUCCGGAUCCGUGUAGCUAUAGACUUUUCCUCUCACACAAUCCCCCCAAGAUUACAUGUGUGUGAAAACAGUGCAAGUACAAAAGCAGAGAGGACCUGAUGAGGGAACCAAAAUCCACCUGACCCACGAGCAGAAGCCAUGAAAACCCACGUCCAAAACCUCUCCCUAACCUUCCUUAUCAUCAUCAUUCUCACUACAACCACCGUCCAUUCACUCACUCUCUCGACAAGUUCAAGAUGGAUCGUCUCUCCGGCCACCGGCGACCGCUACAAGCUAAGGUGCGUCAACUGGGUGGGCCACCUCCACACCAUGGUCCCGGAGGGCCUCCACAAGCAGCCACUGAACGCAAUCGCCAGCCACAUUUCUUCGACAGGCUUCAACUGCGUGCGCCUCACUUGGCCCACGUACAUGUUCACCAGGCCCAACUACUCCAGCCUCACCGUCGCGCAGUCGCUCGACCAGUGGAGCCUCGGCAGCGCCAAGGCCGGGAUGGCCCGGAACAACCCGAGCCUUCUGAGCGUCAAGGUCUGGGACGCCCAGAAGGCGGUGAUUGACGGGCUCGGGGCUCUGGAUAUCAUGGUGGUCCUGGACAACCAUGUUAGCUUGCCAAAGUGGUGCUGCGGUGGCGAUGAUGGAAAUGGGUUUUUCGGGGAUGAGUUUUUUGAGCCGAGUGAAUGGUUGCAGGGGUUGACUGCGGUGGCUACCCGGUACUUGGGCAACCCUACGGUAGUUGGAAUGAGCAUGCGGAACGAGCUCCGCGGCCCGCAUCAAAACCCGAGCGACUGGUACAAGUACAUGCAGCAGGGUGCCGAAGCUAUCCACCGGGCAAACCCAAACGUGCUAGUGAUUGUCUCGGGCCUAUCUUUCGACACCAAUCUCGGCUUCUUGAAGGACAGGCCUUUGGAAGCGAACGUAAGCAACAAGUUGGUGUACGAGGCCCACUGGUACUCAUUCGGCAACCCAACGGAGAAAUGGCUGUACCAAACGAACGGGUAUUGUGGGAACGUGACCCAGUGGUUCUUGGGCCAAUCCGGGUUUUUGGGCUCCGGCCCAAGCCCGGUCCCGCUGUUUCUGAGCGAGUUUGGGCUGGACCAGACCGGCAGGAACGAGGCCCAGAACCGGUAUUUGUGUUGCCUGUUGGGCCUCGUGGCGGAGCGGGAUUUGGAUUGGGCCUGGUGGGCUUUGCAGGGGAGUUACAUGCUUAGGGAAGGGAAGGUUGACGCGGGGGAGGAUUAUGGAGUGUUGGAUUUCAACUGGGAGAGUGUCAGAAAUUCCUCAAUCUUGAAGAAGUUACAGCUGAUCCAACAGAUCACCCAGGAUCCAAAGUCAAAUAAUCCAAGCUACCAAAUUAUGUACCACCCACAAUCAGGGCAAUGCGUGCAGAGGAACCAGCAUCUUGUUUAUCUAACCGAUUGCCAGAACUGGAGCAGAUGGAGUUACGACAAAAACGGUGGUCCAAUCAAGUUAAUGGACGGUACUACUCCUAGUUGUCUAUCUGCCGCCGGUGAUGGGCUUCCGGUGGUUUUUUCCGAUGAUUGCUCGGGCCAGCAGAGCUUGUGGACGCUAGUUUCUGGCUCCAAGUUUCACAUUGCUGCCAAAGACAGGCAGGGGAGCCUCUUGUGCUUGGAUUGGGACUCUUCCAGUUCUGGCAUUUCAAUUGUAACCAAGAAGUGUCUUUGCUUGGGAAAUGAUGCCAGAGAUGUUCCCACGUGUGUUGAAAACCCGCAGCGGCAAUGGUUUAACUUUGUCCCAUCAAAUAAAUGAUCAACUUUUGUUAUGGAAAAUUACGAAAUUAAUCGAAAAAUUUGAAAAAAAAAAUGUGGACCAAUCACGCGGAAAAAUGCAAAGAUUUGUGUGAUUUUGCCUAAGGUUUUUUUACGUGAAGAUGAAAACACAAUGAGUUGGGCAUGACGCAAACAAGUGCGUAUACACUCGCAAAAAGUCUACAUCCACACACAUUUGCAUACGCAAUUUGGACACGCACUCACAAACAGCUAGUAUAUGUUUUUCUGAUUAUAAAGUCCUUCCUCACCCC